AUGUUUACUCGUUUUUUCCUAUGCGUCUUCAGCCUCUCCGCGGUCAUCCAGCUCACGACAUGCAUUCCUACCGCCACCCGUCGCAGCAUCGGAGCAGGAGGAAAUCCUGACGGACAGCCGGCUCUCUUACGUCGGGGGGAUCUCGCCGGCCCAGAGAGUGCAUCGACGCAGCGGCUAGACCGCCGAACGCCCAGAAGAGGCUGUCAUAGCCACAAGUACUCGCGACGGUCAUUGAAGACGCGAGAACAUGGCGGAGACUCCGCUUCAGCUUCCUCAUCCGCUUCCUCUAGUUCUGACUCCAAAGAAUCCGACGACGAUGACGAUGAUUCCGAAGAGGAUGACGAUUCGGAGGACAAAGGCUACUCGCGGAAAUGCGGCGACUACGAUUCAUCGUCGAAGAAAGGCUCCGGUUUGCCUGGCCUGGAUGGUCUGCUCGGAGGCGGCGGCAAAGACGGCGGCGGGAGCAAAGACGAUGGCGGGCCGACUAGCAUGCUCUCGGGUGCCGGCAGUCCGUUGAAGAUGCUGGGCGGGGGGAAAGACGGCGGCGGGCCAACUAGCAUGCUCUCGGGUGCCGGUAGUCCUAUGAAGAUGUUGAGCGGCGGCGGCGAUGGGGGCGGGCCGACCAGCAUGCUCUCGGGUGCUGGAGGUCCAUUGAAGAUGCUCGGCGGCGGCGGCGGCGGCGGGCCGACUAGCAUGCUCUCAGGUGCGGGUAGCCCCAUGAAGAUGCUGGGAGGGGGAGGUGGUGGUGGUCUUCCAAUCGAUCUUCCGAUGAAAGGCCUCCCUGGCCUGGGUUAA